AUGGUCGUCGAGCCCAGGGAUGUCGUCGGAUCAAGAGCCGACCGUUCGUCGGAGUCCAGGGAAACCACUGGAGCUUCAAUGAAUCCAAUGAGAACUCUGUGGCCGGCGAUAGCUGCAAACUUCAAAGCCAUGUGGGUCAACCUUCGUCCGUCCAUCUUUGGCACGGGCAUGCUGGCUGGGGCUGGUGUUCACUCUGCAGUUAAGCUGCCUGAGGGAGAUGUCAACAGUCAUUACAAGCCUUCAGCAGCACAUAGCUUCAGAAUGUGA